AUGUCCGAAAAGUAUUUGCGAGAGCAAAAUCUCGUUAUCGUUCCACCGGAACAACCAAAAUACACGGUGCGCGACUGGGACAACAACAAUCGUAGACAGAAUUUGUUCUCCGUCGCCCAGCAGGACCUGGCUGAUCGAGUGAUAAGCGAAAGUGACCGUAUAAUCGAUGAGACGAAGCACACGACGGAAUCGAGCAAGGAUGAGGUCGACUUCCGGUUGCGGGAACGCAUCGAGGACAUUCGCUUUCGCCGGGACGAGUUGCAGAGCCAGAAACGGGAAGCGCACAUCGAGGAAGAAGCGCUGAAGGUGUACAAACGGAGGACGAUCGAUGCGAUCAACACGCUGCGGGAGAUUGCGGUGCCGCUCUGUCAGAAGUGUAUCGUCCUGCGGGAAACGCGCGACGGGACGGACCUGGUCAACGAUGCCGUCGAUCGCGAGCUGCGCAAGGAGCUGACCGUAAUGGAGGGCGGUGUGGCGCUGCUGGAGAAGGUGCUGGCCGAGUGUGUCGAGCAGAUCCGCCGUCUGCGCGCUACGAUCUAUCUGCUCGAUCGCGAUCUGACCGACAAGGACCGUUCGAUUCGGAUCGACGAGAAGAAUCUCGAGCUGCGCCCGAACCAGAUGGAGAUGAAGGUGUACGCCGGACGGGUUCCGUUGGAUCCUUACAAUGCCACCGACGAGGAGUGGAUUAUGGUGACCAAUCGGAACAUUGAGGCGACCGCCCGGGAGAUUAAUAGUGCCCAACCGUUGCGCUCCUACGUCGACCAGUUGCUGCGCCAGAUUGCCGAAGAUAUUCGGUCGCAGGUCGAGCGGACCAGUGCCGCCUUCCGGCAGCGCAUCGCCGAGCUGCGGUACACGAAAGUUAAGCUCGAGAACGUGCACAAGGAAACGGUGCGGCAGGUGAACGAGCUGACGCGCGCCGUGACACGGCUCGAGCGGGAAAUUGCCGAAAAGGAGGGUUACGUGGCCCUGGCCCAGACGCGACUGGCGAACCGUGCCCAGCGUCCGGGGAUCGAGCUGUGCCGGGACAGUGUUUACGAGGGCCUCAAACGGGAACUGGCCGAGCUGCGCAGUUCGACGGCCAAGCUCGAUGGCAGUCGGGUAAAGUCGAAGGCCACGCUACGCUAUUUGCUCAGCACGCAAGUGCUACAGGAGGAAGAAAUCAACCGCAAAACGAGAUCGUUGCGUACCGACGAGGUGGACUGCAUGACCAUGAGGGAGAGCUUGAAGUUUCAGGACUUUUGA